UCCCGAGCGCCUCCGAACUCACCCGAGGCGCUAAGCCAGGCCAGGAGCCGGACUACGGAAGCCGAGGCGGGCCGUGUGGUGGGCGCGGAGCAGAGCGGCAGGCCGGGCGGCGGCAGCGGAGGAGGCCGCGGCAGCGGGUCCGAGAAGCGGAAGCGGCGCAGGAGGCGGCGGGGGGGCCGGGUGGCCGGGGUCCCGGGCCCCGCGGCGGCUGCGGCGGCGGCGGCGGCGGCAGGAUGAUCAAGCUGUUCUCGCUGAAGCAGCAGAAGAAGGAGGAGGAGUCGGCCGGCGGCACCAAGGGCAGCAGCAAGAAGGCGUCGGCGGCGCAGCUCCGGAUCCAAAAGGACAUUAACGAGCUGAACCUGCCUAAGACUUGUGACAUCAGCUUCUCAGACCCAGACGACCUCCUCAACUUCAAGCUGGUUAUCUGUCCUGAUGAGGGCUUCUACAAGAGUGGGAAGUUUGUGUUCAGUUUUAAGGUGGGACAAGGUUAUCCUCAUGAUCCCCCCAAGGUGAAGUGUGAGACAAUGGUUUAUCAUCCCAACAUUGACCUCGAGGGCAACGUCUGCCUCAACAUCCUCAGAGAGGACUGGAAGCCAGUCCUUACGAUAAACUCCAUAAUUUAUGGCCUGCAGUAUCUCUUCUUGGAGCCCAACCCCGAGGACCCACUGAACAAGGAGGCUGCCGAGGUCCUGCAGAACAACCGGCGGCUGUUUGAACAAAACGUGCAGCGCUCCAUGAGAGGUGGUUACAUCGGGUCCACCUACUUCGAGCGCUGCCUGAAAUAGGGUUAGCAAAUACCCAUCCCUGCCAGGGUUACCAGCCCAGGCAUCCCCUGCAAAUAUUUAUUGGGGGCCCGGGUAGGGUGUGUGGGGUAGCCUUGGCUCCUGCCUUGGCCUUGCCUCUCCUUCCUGUCACCUGCCCCUAGUUAUUUUUUUUUAACCACCACGUGAUUAUGGUCGGCGCUGCCUCCUCCCGACCUGCUCAGCGAUGGGAAAUGAAUUGGCUUGUUUAGCGCCCCCCCUCCCGCUGGGUGCUGUCCAACACCUCACUCUUGACUGUGGGGUAAGUGGACAGUGGGCCUGGGUCGCUGGGCCCAAGCAACCCACCCCACCACCACUGGAGGUCCCACCAGGCUAUUAAAGGGGAAUGUUACUGCA